UAAAAUCUGCAGCCAUGUCCGACACGGUGACCUCGCAACUACCAGAUGAUGUCCAGUUGCACGUGCAGACUCCCCUUAUCUUCAGUGCUCCACUAUCUAAAGUAGCUAACAGACCAGUCUUUCUGAAACUCGAGAACACGCAACCUAGUGGAUCUUUCAAACUUAGAGGAAUCGGACACAGCUGUAAGUUGGCGGUGAAGAACGGGGCUUCCCACCUUGUCUGUAGUUCAGGUGGGAACGCUGGCAUGGCAACUGCCUACUCUGCAAACCGCCUUGGGGUCAAGGCAACUGUUUUCACCAUGGACGGACUACCUCAGCCAGUUCUGAAAAAGUUCAGCGACCUCGGCAGCGACAUUCACAUCGGGGGUCCCAUCUGGGAUAUUUGUGAUGCAACGGCCAAAAAAUACAUACAGAAAAUGAAGGACGAAGGGAAAACGUGCCAUUAUAUCCAUCCUUUUGAUAGCCCGGUGGUAUGGGAUGGACACUCGACCCUGAUCCAUGAGGUGGUGGGACAGUUGGCGAGUGCGGGGUACGAAGAACCAGGAGCUGUGGUAACAUGUGUGGGUGGUGGUGGUCUGCUAGCCGGCAUUGCUCACGGCAUGAAACACGUUCACUGGGACCACGUACCUAUCGUUGCCAUGGAAACGUACGGAGCGGACUCGUUCAAUAAAGCGGUUAAAGCAGGAAAGGUGGUGAAGCUGGACGAGAUCACGAGUUGUGCUAAAACCCUCGGUGCACUUGCAGUUUGCCAAGAAGUAGUGGACUUGUCUCAAAAGAGGAAAAUAACCAGCCAUCUUGUGGACGACAAGACAGCAGUGGAGUGCUGUGUACUCUUUUUAAGAGAUCACCAGUUCCUAGUGGAACCAGCCUGUGGAGCCACACUUGCUGCAGUUUACACAGGUAAGAUAAGGGAGUACCUUGAAGAACAGAGUCCCGGCACCAGUCCUAUAGUUGUGGUGAUCUGUGGUGGCGCUACCGUCGAUAUUGAUACUCUUAACGGUCUAGCGGCUAAAUUUGACAUUGACACGAAACUGGAGAAGUAUUAUCCUUUGGAACAAAUGCGAUUAUAACUAUUUAGAAGAAUUUAUAUCGAAAACUGCAGUCUGUAUAUGGAAAUUUUUGACGUUUUGAUUCCAUUAUAGAUGUGAUUUUUACCAUUUCUUUUUCAACAUA